AUGACAGGCGUUGAAUCGUCUGCGUUGCAGACAAAGGGUGUGCGGUAUGACGUACCCGCUCUUCGCAAACACCAAGAACACAGCUAUGAGCUCGAAGCCCUACUAUUAGCGUGGUCGCUUCUUCUAUAUCGCCAUAGCCACGGAAACCACGUCGAGUUCUCAUGGGGACUCGGUGAAACCGGAUCUGAGACGUGUCGCACCUUUACCCUCAACACAUCAAAGCUGCAAUGGGACAGCAGCGACUCUGUCGCAUCAGAGCUUGAGGUGUUUCGGAGCUACCUACAACAGCAACUAGAGUCAGAAAAGCCAGUGACGACAGAUGGGUACAGAUUCUUCUUUAAUGAUGAAGCUGCGUCGGGCGAUGUGGUGAACCAAGUCACCGAAGACGGCAAUCUCUCCGUGAACUGGGGAAACGUUCAGAUACAAGCGACACUACACGAUGAAGCCCUUUGGCUACAACCGACGUGGCGCCAACCACUGGGCGCAGAGUUCCUCGCCAACCACUUCGCGCAAGCUUUUGUCGAAGUCCUCAACACGACCAUCGCCGAUACGAACGCAACACUUGGCUCCGUCCUGCCACUGGGAGAACUCGACAAGUCAGUGAUAUGGAACUGGAAUAAGGACCUUCCUCCGCCGGUGCCCAUGUGCAUCCACACUGUCAUCGCCGAGCAGGUGAGAUGGCGUCCCGAUGCGCCAGCGAUUUGCUCGUGGGACGGCGACUUCACUUAUGCGGAGAUGGAUAAGCUGUCGACCCUACUUGCGCAGCAUCUUAUUGAUAUCGGGGUCAAGAAUGGCGAUAUCGUACCGCUCUGUUUUGAGAAGUCGAGAUGGACGACCGUGGGUGUCAUGGGCGUCAUCAAAGCGGGCGCUGCUUUUGUGCUCAUGGAUCCUAGCCAACCUAUUCAGCGACGACAGGUUAUGGCGCAGCAAGUCAACGCAACGCACAUUCUCACAUCUAGAGACCAGGCCAAAUAUGGAUCUGAGAUUGCGCCGGACGCGAAACAUGUUAUCGUCGACACAGAGACACUCGACUCGUUGGCAAAGACCAUCGAGGAUCCCCUUAGGAAGCUUCCCGAAGUGCCACCCGAGUCGCUCCUCUACAUCAUCUUUACAUCGGGAAGUACCGGUACACCUAAGGGAGUGAUGCUCUCACACGAAACAUACACUGCCAGUGCGCUUGCCCGAAGCACAGGAAUUGGCUACUCGAGUACCUCGCGAUCACUCGACUUCACAUCAUAUGCCUUUGACGUUAGUGUCGAUAGUAUUCUGUGCACUCUUAUCCGCGGUGGAUGCCUCUGUAUUCCCACCGACGAUGACCGUGUGAAUGAUCUAAGCGGUGCGAUUCGGCGUCUCAAGGUGAACAUGGUCAACAUCACACCCUCAGUCGCGCGCAUCCUGGACCCUGAUAUUAUCCCCUCGCUGAACAGCCUUGGUAUCGGCGGCGAGUCCUGUUCCGCAGGAGAUAUUGCUAUUUGGGGACAACACACUCGUAUUGUUGUUGGUUACGGUCCUGCUGAGUGUACUAUCGGAUGCACUGUCAAUCCCAGCGCAGCAGGCAAGCCGUAUGUUAGUAUCGGCCCUGGUACCGGCGCAUGCAUUUGGCUUGUCGACCCCGAAGACCAUAACAAGCUCGUCCCUGUUGGUGCUGUUGGCGAAUUGCUCGUGGAAGGCCCCAUUGUUGGUCAAGGAUACUUGGGUGAUCCUGAAAAGACAAACGCGGCCUUUAUCCACGACCCUGAUUUCCUUCUUGCUGGCGCAGACGGCAUCCCCGGACGACGUGGACGUCUGUACAAGACAGGCGAUCUGGUCCGAUACGAUCCUGAUGGUGAGAAGGGUUUUGUCUUCGUCGGCCGCAAAGAUACCCAGAUUAAGCUCCGUGGCCAGCGUGUAGAACUGGGCGAGAUCGAGCACCACAUCAAAAACCUCCUCCCCUCGGGCGCAGAAGUCGUCGCUGAGAUUAUCGCACCGCGAAACCAGAACAAAGAAUCGAUGCUGGUGGCUUUCGUGGCUGAUCGUGAAGCUAAGGACGAUGGCGAUGCUCGUCAGAUUGACUACCCGCCUCGUCUGCGCGAUGCUCUUGAGACGAUGACCCAGAAGCUGUCUGAGGUUCUACCCGUGUACAUGGUUCCCGCUACGUAUAUCACCCUCUCCAAGAUCCCGUACCUUGUCUCUGGAAAGACGGAUCGCAAGUCCCUGCGUGCUCUUGGUGCAGAGAUCUCUGCCAAUCUCCAGGCGUCGGCGGCUGCAAAUGAGAGCUCUGAGAUUCGUGAGCCUGAGUCGGAAGCUGAGCUAUUCUUGCGCGACUCGUGGUGCCGUCUGCUUGGACUCGAGACUAAGCAGGUCAGCACUACGCACAACUUCUUUACAUCAGGAGGAGACUCUGUGCUUGCGAUGAAGCUUGUGCCCAUCAUCCGAGACUGGGGAUACACGCUCUCUGUUGCUGACAUCUUCAACUACCCUGUCCUUUCCGCCAUGGCAAAAUCCAUGCAGAAGGGCGACAGCAGCAAGGGAAUUGACAUGCAGAUCCCCGAGUUCUCCCUGCUCAAGGAUGAUAUGGAUCGCGAUGCUCUACGUACGGAAGCUGCUGAGCAAUCAGGCUGCGAUGUCACCGCAAUUGAGGAUAUCUACCCUUGUGCGCCUAUGCAAGAGAUCCACAUGGCUUUCUACACGCGAUCAAAAGAAAACUACGUCGCGCAGAGAAUCGCGGACAUUCCCGCCUCCAGCUCUGUCGACAAGCUCAAGACUGCAUGGGAGGUCGUGUACAAGGAGAGUCCCAUCCUUCGCACGCGCAUUGUCGAGUUCAAGCAGCACGGCUUCAUGCAAGUUGUCAUCAAUGAGGCUCUGCAGUGGAAGGAAGUUGACUCUUCCUUAGAGGAGUUUGUCGAAGAGGAUAAGAAGGAACCUAUGUCACCUGGUGCACCUCUCUCUCGCUUCGUCAUCGUUACAGACAAAGCGCUUGACAAGCGGUACUUUGUAUGGACAGCCCACCACGCCAUUUACGACGGCUGGUCCACGGACCUCAUCGUCGAGCAUGCUCGGGCUGCGUACAAGGGCGAAGAAGUCUCACGACCUGCUCAGUUCAAGCACUUUAUCCGCUACCUGGCCGAGGACUCGAGGGAGUCGUCCAAGGAUUACUGGAAGACUCAACUCGCGGGGGCUACUGGACCUCAGUUCCCAUCUCUCCCGUCGCGCUCUUACAUUCCUGAUCCUAAUGCUUUGACGGAACGCUUCAUCCAAUUUGACAAGACUGCCAAGUCGGACAUCACAAUCGCUACUGUCAUCCGAGCAGCCUGGGCUCUGCUGGCGUCGCAAUACUCAAUGAGUGACGAUGUCGUCUUCGGCGAGACCUUCAUGGGCCGCACCAUUCCUCUUCCCGGCGCUGAGCUCAUCGAGGGUCCUAUCCUAGCAACUGUCCCCGUUCGCGUCCGUCUCGAUCGCACCGCCACUGUGCAAGAAUUCCUCCGUGCCAUCCAAGAACAAAGCGUUGCCCGCGCCGCGCACGAGCAUCUUGGUAUCCAGCACAUCAGACGACUGAGCGAGGACGCCCAGAUUGCUUGCGAGGUUACAAUGGGUCUUGUUGUGCAGCCUCAAGACCCAGAGCCUUCCGAGACAGAGACCGACGAGCUUCCGUCUUUCCGUGGUGGAGAUGCCGCUCUUGAGGCGCUGCACUUCAAUUCUUACCCUCUCAUGCUGGCCGUGUCGCUCCAGAAGAGUGGCUUCCGUCUGCUGGCAAGCUUUGACUCAGAGCUCUUGAGCCACGUGCAAGUACAGCGCGUGCUGUCGCAAUUUGAGGUUGCCAUCAACCAACUUCGCGGCGAUCUGUCUCGUUCAUUGGGCGAUCUCACAUGUUUGGGCGAGGAGGAACUUGAGAAGAUUUGGGAGGCGAACAAGCAAGCACCUGUGUCCCCCAAAGACAUCUCUAGGUUCCUGACCAGCGGCGACAAGUACCCUACCACUCAGUACGUCCCGUGGGUCGUUCAGCCCGGCAAUGAGAAGCUUCUCAUGCCGCUCGGAAGUACUGGAGAACUUCUCCUCGAAGGCGUGGUAGCAGGCGAUGACGCUGAUGUUGCGAAUACCCCAGAGUGGCUCAAGGAGGGCGCGCUUGGCUCCCCUGGUCGCCAGGGCAAGCUUUUCCGCACUGGUGAUCUCGUCAAAUAUGCCGAUGAUAUGAGCUUGGUGUUUAUCGGUCGGAAAGACGAAAUGACCAGCGUUGAUGGUCGUGUCGUGGAUCUUAACGCCACUAACAUGGAGCUCAAGCGUCUUCUUCCCGAAAACACCAAGGCUGUGAGUCGAUUGGUCGUCCCCAAAGGAGCGAGCAGUCAGACUCCGGUGGUUGUAGCAUUUGUUCAAGAGGCUCUUGCUAAGGACGUGCAAUUGCUGAAGCUUGGUGUUGAUACUGGCGAUGCCUCGCUACCCUUGUCACAGGCUGUGUCAAUUGAGCUCGCCACUGCUAUUAUUGCCCUCAACAAGGCCAUGGUCGAGACUCUUCCGCCCUACGCCAUCCCAUCCAUCUGCAUCCCUCUCACCGAGACCGCAGACAUCAAUGCUCUCGAUAAAUUGGAUGAGCAAGUUACGCUAUCGUUGAUCGUUGAGCUUCGCAAGGCCUUCGCAUCGCUUAAGAAGACCAUUGCCGACACAACAGUGUUGACCACAAAGGAACGUGUUCUGCGCGCUUCAUGGUCCAAGUUUCUCGGUAUUGAGGAGGAGAAGCUAUCACUCGAUGACAACUUCUUCCGUCUGGGCGGCGACUCCAUCGUGGCCAUGCGCAUGGUCUCAGCUCUGCGACAAGAUGGCUACCGUCUUUCUGUCGCCAGCAUCUUCCAGAACAUGCAACUCCGUGGUAUGGCCAACUCCCUGAUUGAGGUCCCGACCGAGGGCAGUCAGUCAACCAAAAAGUACACUUCUUUCUCGUUACUGAACGAAAAGAACGUUGAUGACUUCCUGGCCAACACCAUCCAACCUCAAUUGGCAGACUCGACAUGGCAGAUCCAAGAUGUUCUCCCCGCCACUGGACCUCAAGAGGGCGAUGUCAACCAAUCAGUGUCUGCUCCGCGAAGCUCAAUCCAAUACAACAUGCUCUACCUGGACCAUUCAAUUGACACCGACCGUCUCGUCGAGAGUUUCCAGCAUCUUGUGUCACAGCACGCCAUUCUCCGAACCGUGUUUGUUCAACACGAGGGCAGGACUCUACAAGUCGUCCUCAAGGAUCUGAAAGUCCCUGUUACAGAACAGACGUCGGACGCAUCAAUUGAAGACACUUCCAAGCAACUAGCUCUGUCUGAUAUCAACGACAGCGCCGAUUUAGUGUUUGGCUCGUCUUUCCUUCGCCUUUUCGUCAUCCGCGGUGCAAAGGAUAACGCAUUCAUGAUCCGCAUUUCUCAUGCCCAAUACGAUGGUGUCUCAUUGCCUGAGCUCCUCCGCCAGCUUGAGUUGCGAUACCGUGGCUCGGAGAUUCCUUCGUCGGAGCCUUUUGAGACAUACAUCCAGCAUCUGUCCAGCGCCAAAUCUGGCAACGUUGAGUUCUGGCGCAAGACUCUCCACGGGUCAUCCUAUACUGAGAUCGCGCCUGCUGCUGAUCCUCAGAAGAAGACUGCUUUUAUGACUAAGGAUGUUGACAUCUCUGGAGCUUCUCCCGACACAACGCACGCGAUGCUACUUACUGCCGGCUGGGCCAAGGUUCUGUCGCAGUACCUCAAUGUUUCAGACGUCACAUUUGGCGGCAUUGUAUCCGGCCGAGAUGUCGACGUCCAAGGAAUCGACACCAUCAUGGGACCUUGCUACCAAUACCAACCCGUGCGCGUCAAGUUUGAGCCCAACUGGACAGCAUCGCAACUCGUGGACUACGUACGAAACCAAUCUCUUGAGGGCAGCCAGCAUGCCACUCUCAGCUUCCGAGAAGUUCUCAAGGAUUGUACCAACUGGCCUGCCGAUACUCCCUUCUACGGCUCAUUUACCAACCAUCUCAACAAGGAGUUCUUCGACUCUAUUCCGUUUGCUGGUACCAAGUGUCGCGUUGACUAUUCGAUUCCCCACCCAGAGCCUGCAACACCACCUCGCGUUGUGUCUUUUGUAGAGGAUGGAAGAACCCAGAUCGGUAUUGAGGCUGAUGAGGAGCGUCGUGAGUUCUGGGAGGCGAGAUUGGAGGAAUUGGCCCUUGUUGUGGAGGUUUUUGUUAAGAAUCCUGAGGCUUUGUUGUAA